ACCUACCUGGGUAUCCCAUGUAUCCCCUUCUAGGGAGUUAAGAUGACCGGAUAUAAUCGGAGCUUAUUCCUGGAAAUAAGACAUACCCGCCCGGAGCUAUCUUCAGCUUUGACAAUUCAGCUUAGCAAACACACUUAGGUAUCCGCACAUAGUAAUGCUGUGUAUUUGUUUGUUUGAUUCGGUAUUCAUCUGAUGAGGGGAAUGAUGGCUGAUGGGUAGCACAAAGAAGCCUAGACGUUCUCCUCAGCCAAUUAUUCGGCAUUGACUAUUCCGGUCCCGCCGGCUUGUCUAUCUUACCGUCCCGCAAUUGGAUUAGAUACGUAUCAAAUAUACAUAUGUUCUAAAGCGUGAUGUUAUCAAAUAGAUGCCCAUUAUCUGGAACUUGGUAAGACUUAGACGGAGACAUAUCUGCUUGUAAGGAUCUUCCCGGCCCUAGAUCUUUAAACCCCCUCAGUUAAAAGCUCGACCAUUUCGUCUUUGCAAACACAACGUACAACCUGCACAAUUACAACUACAGCUUUACUACACCUACAAUUCACAGAACAAAGGACUUUCGAGAUGGCACCUAUCAACAAAGCUGCUUCGCUCCCCUCGGCUAGAGCUCACCCCCUCACCAUCGAAACCACCGAAUACCCAACUGCUGGAAAUGGCGAGGUUGUCGUCAAGGUAGCCGCUACAGCUGUCAAUCCUAUGGACUGGUACAUCCAGAUCAUGGGAGAGAAGCUAUUCUCUUGGUUGAAAUACCCAUACAUCGGAGGAAGUGACGUUGCUGGCACCGUCACUGAGGUUGGCCCCAAUGUCAACAACGUCAAGGUGGGCGAUCGCGUCCUUGGUCUCGCAGCCGGAUUCGCUCCUCGAGCGGGUGGCUUCCAGAACUACGUAGUCCUAGAAGCCGGCAUCGUCGCACCCAUUCCAGCCGAUCUAGACUUUACCGAAGCUUCUGUGAUACCACUUGGAAUAUCUACUGCGGCCUGUGGUCUCUACCAAAAGAACUUCCUUGCACUCGACUACCCGAGCGUCACCCCAAAGCCUAACGGCAAGACCAUCCUAAUCUGGGCUGGCUCGUCUAGUGUCGGUACUAAUGCUAUUCAAUUGGCUGCUGCUUCCGGCUACGAAGUAUUCACGACCGCCUCCUCUAAGAACUUCGACUACUGUAAGAGCAUCGGUGCUUCCCGCGUGUUCGACUACCACAGCGAAACCAUUACACAAGACCUACUUGAAGCCUUCAAGGGCAAACAAUGUGCUGGUGGUUACGCCAUCCAGCUAGGAUCGGAAAAGAUUGUCUUCGAGGUGGUAGCUAAGAGCCAGGGUGCCAAGUUUGUGGCUUGCGCCAUGCAGCCCAAUGAUGUCCCUGAGGGAAUUUCGGCCAAGAUGGUCUUCGGUAGCACCCUCAAGGACAAUGAGGUUGGUCCUAUCAUUUUCCAGCAGUACCUACCCGCCGCUCUGGCCCAGAAGAAGUGGCAGCCCCUACCGAAGCCCCUGGUUGCUGGCCAUGGUCUAGAGAAGGUACAAGAUGCUAUUGAUAAAGGAAAGUCUGGUGAGGUGUCGGCUCAGAAGUUGGUCAUCACGCUAUGAGGGGUAGGAGAAAAAGCAAAAUAGAUGUGCUCGGUGAGCUAAGGUCGCGAGGGGGUCUGUGUACGUAGCAGAUAAGUAGAUGGCCCUAGAUGCAGGCUGGUCAGCAUCCUAGCAAAAGCAAUACAACUGUUUUCCCCUCAAA